AUGAUUGAGAAAAUGGCUCCUUUUCCCAAGACGUUGUAAGAUUAAGCCUCGAUAAGCAGACUGGGAUAAUUGAAGCAGGAAGCUGAUAUCCUCAGUCUAUUGAAAGAGCAUGAACAUUAAAAUAUAAUUAAAUUGGAAGAAAUCGUGACGGAUAACGAAUGUGUGUCUAUCACUCUAGAGAAUUGCUAAGGAGGAGAUCUACUUAAGUUACUAAAUAAGAAAGCGAGCAAGAUAGAUGUUCCUCUCUUUAUGUAAAACCUACUCUCAGGUUUAAGACAUCUUCAUGAACUAAACAUAGUACAUCGAGAUAUCAAACUUCAAAACAUAUUGUUUCUAGAUACACAAAAUGGCAAUAGCUUAAAAAUUGCCGAUUUUGGCCUUUCUUGUUUUAAAUAACAAAUCCCAUACUAUAACCCUAGAUGUGGAACUCCUGGAUAUACUGCUCCAGAAGUGUUUGACCAAUAGUGUAAUUAUGAUGAGAAAGUAGAUAUCUAUAGUGCUGGAAUCAUACUCUAUAAUAUGUUGACCAGAAAAAACCCUUUCGGUAAUUCGAAGAAUGUUUAAGAUAUCAUCAAAAGAAACAUCAGUGGAUAAUACGAUGAAAGUCAUUUGGUGAAUGUGAAAAUAAAUAAUCCACUUGGAUACGAUCUACUUAUUAAGAUGCUCUAGAAGGAUCCUCGCAAUCGUCCAAGUGCAAGUGAAUGCCUAAAACACCCAUACUUAAAUCUAGAAAAUGGAGUAAUUGAGGAUGAUGAAGACAAGAAUACAUAUGAAAGUCAGAAGAGAGUUCAAACAAUAAAACGUGUAAAGAUUUGA